UCCAACAUCAUCAAACUUUGCUCAUCUUACAACGGAAAUCGGCGCGUGAGAGGGGCGGUCGGCGGCCGGCGCACUCUUUCUCAUUUCAUCUCGUCUCACUUUCCCCUCUCUCUUCGCCGCGCGUGCGGAGGAAUGCGGCCCACCGCGUUUUUAAUUCUCACCUCAGCCCUAUAUUUUCCCUUUCGGUCAGUAACCUCAUAGACGGGACGUAUCGUUUCAAUUUCCUAACUCCACAUCCUCUUUGUCUCUCUCCCUCUCAUGUCCUAUGGGUUCCCCCCUUUUUUUUCCCCUUCGCCUUUUCUCUUCCUCUUGCUUGCCUUUUCGCGAGGACAGCAGGCGGCAGCACCAACAGGAGUACGGAAAGCAAAGGGGCCUCGGAUAUGUAAUUGCUUUUUUCAUAGAGGGGAUACGGACGUUCUGGAGCGGCUUGGCUGGCUGGUUUCUUGUUCGCGCAGAGUGCUGCCUUCUUGUCCCCCCGGCUCAAUUCCUCGCUUGUUCGGAUCCGUCACGGUUAAUUCGUCAAGUGGAUUUUCUUUUCUCUUGUUCAGCCUCACUGUGUUUUCCUUUUCCUGGUCGCACGAUCAGGCGUCUCGUUGCCCGCUUCUCGACAUCCCCUUCCCCUCGUGGGCAGGACACAGGAGAGGAAUUCGACGGUGCAUAUGCGUACAGACUGACAUGAGCCAUUUCCUUCUUUACGACGCGGGUUUUAUUAUAUUACUACUACUACUGAUACGACGGGUACGCGGGCUGCCGAGACGAUAUGAUAAUGACGACGGUAUAGCAUGUUUUCAUUUGGACGGGAUGGAUAGGGGUAGCUCUGCCUCGCCAGGAUUCCUUGGGUAUGUCUUUUUCGUCGUCUUCAUCGGGAGAUCGGGCAUAAAAAGUUAGACGCGCGCGCACACAUACACAGAUUGCAUCGUACUUAGGUGAGACUGACUAAAUUGGAUUGGCCCCCUCCCCCGGCUGUUGAUACCAUCUCUUUGGGGGAGGGAGGGGCGGUUUAUGCUCUACCUCGACGUGCAUCCCACGAACGGAUGACUAGCUACCUGUGUGUGUCGUAUCCCUCGUGCGUGUCUCCACGGGUCCGUCUU